AUGAUUGAUCCAGAGCUUUCAGAUUUCUACGAGAACUUGUACGAUAGCCCAUUGACUGAGCCGAAGGACGAACAGGAUGUCAAGAAUAUCCUCGCUUGCAUUAGAGCCGGGCAUGGAGAUCUCGAUGAUGAAGAUGAUGAUCAACUACGAAAGGCGGGCUCGGAACUUUUCCGGAAGAAGAUCACUAUGAUGGCAACCAAGUCACGCAAGGUUUUGGCUCAGUUCACCAAGAUGAUCUCCAACCAGCUCUACGACUACCCUUUCAGAUUCUUUUAUGAGCUCCUCCAGAAUGCAGACGACGCCCGAUACUCUCGACAUGAUGAUAUACCCACCAUUAGUUUUACUGUCUCUCAAACAGAGCUCAUCGUCGACCUCAACGAAGACGGCUUCUCCUUGUCGGAUGUGUUGGCAAUCUGUAGCACUGGUGAAAGCUCCAAGACACUUGAUCAAAACUCCACUGGAGAAAAGGGGUUUGGCUUCAAAUCUGUCUUUGGAGUGGCAGACCAGGUGCACAUUACCUCUGGAGUGUGGUCUUUUCGCUUCAAGCAUCAACGGAACGAGGAAGGAAUCGGCAUGAUUCAGCCUUUAUGGGAACCUGGGGAGCAAUUGCCAGACAAUGUUCGCACCCGCUUUCGACUUCGACUUUCGUUCAGCGAGAAUGACGGACUGGAAACUCUUGGCGCCCAGUUGAGAUCUUUACACCCAAGUAUCGUCUUCGGUUUGCGCAAGAUAAAGAAGCUAUCCGUUCGCUUCGAGAAUGCUGAAGCUACGAACGGGAUGAUCUCUUUUGAGAAGUCUAUCGAUGCGGAGCAAAGUAUUAUGACGAUCGUUUCUCGAGAGGGUGCAAAAGCCACUGAGUACUUUUACCGAGUCCUCGCCAGCAAAGCAUCGAACAUGCCUCGCAACGCUGAGCGUUCCCAGACAACCUCUAAUGUCACAAUCGGUCUGCCAAUCUCGUCCCCAAAUGAUGGCUCCCCACUCCUCGAAUCAUCAGGUCAAUAUGUCUUUGCGUUUCUGCCUAUUAUGCAGAUAAAAGAGCUCCCUUUUUUGAUAAAUGCAGACUUCAUCCUGACUGGCAGUAGGCAGGCCAUUUCGGAUAACGCUUGGAACAAAGCGUUAAGGAACGAGAUUGCGGCCCUAUUCUGCACAUUUGCAGAAAGACUGGUUCUUGAAAGAAGUAACCUUUCUUAUGAGUGGCUUGCUUAUAUUCCGCUUCAAGCUAUGGUCGGAUUUUUCCAGCCUCUACUGGCUUUAGUACUGCAGAAACUGAGGGAGAACGAGCUGUUCUUUUCGGAGUUCGAAACCUUGCGCAAACCGAAACAACUUCGCAUAUUGACUCCCGAUUUUACUCAUCAGUCCGAGCCCCUCCUGCCAGGAACUGGGCUACCCUGGUGCUUUUUGUCAAAUACAUACAAAGUAGCAUAUUAUCCAGCGCUGCUUGAGGUUGGGAUUGCGAGGCUGAACUUCGAAGAGGCUUUGGACCUUAUUGAAGGUGACGUCGAAAGUCGUCACUCAAGUUUUCAUUCCCGAUCACUGGACGAUUCGUGGCAUGACACGUUUGCAUUAUUUAUCAAACAUGGGCUGGCCCUUAGCAAUAUAAGAUACAAGAAACGGAUCUACGACUUGCCUCUCAUUCCUGUCCGGGUUGGUGGGGCACUGGAAUGGCACCGGCCUGGAUCAGACAUUUUCCUCCCACACGCGGUUGACGAAGGCACUGGUUCUGAAUGUAUCCGUAUCCUGAUUCCCACGGACAUUGAACUUGUGGUCCUGCAACCGGACGCAGCUACUGCACCAAAACGACGUGAGGUAUACCUAACCCUAGGAGUUCGACAUGGCAGUUCUUUUGAGAUCUGCUCUGCUAUCACCAGGAAAAUGACAAAGUCAGGCACAAGGAAAAUGUUUGACAUACUGCGUUCGUCGGAACUUCUUUUUUGGUUUUCUAACCAGGACUUCAAUGUUAAAGACAAAGUCCAGGCCGCAACCUCUGGCGGCAUUUAUAGCACUUCAAAUCUGUUGUUUAUGCGUUCAAGUCAACCAUAUCAUGCAGAAUGUCUGGUAUGCCUCAAUGAGAAUCCAGACUAUGGCAGGCACUUUUUGAACGAAAUCUAUCAGUCUUCCCAGGUCGCAACCAGAUCACGUGGCGGCAAAACCUGGGAACAGUGGCUGGUUGAAGUUGCUGGUGUACGAUGGUAUCCACCUCUUCAGGACGUCUCAAACCGCGAGAAGCUACACUGGGUACUCGAGGUUGUUCAUGGCCGGGAUUCAAUCCUAUUCUUGUCUGUGAUCCAAGCUUAUUGGGCGAAAGAGUACAGCAGUUCGUGUCGGUUUAACUCUAAGCUGAACGAAGUGCUGCAAAAGUGCCAAGUGCUCUGCCAACAUGGCGGAACUGAACAGCUUUCAAAAUGCUGGUUUCCAAGUGAGACAAUUCUGUCUGUGGCGCGGAGAUAUGGCGUUGAAAAACAACUGCCGAUUCUAUCAUUGCCCGACGCUGCGCAGGAACAUCUGAUCUCCGACUGGCCAGCCUUAAGAGAUUUGGGUAUAUGUUACAGGCUUGAUUUGUGGUUCUAUCGCCAAGCGAUUUCACUGCUCUCUGCAACAAGACAGCGGCCGAAGAUCGACUCAGUGACAAUGGGAUGGCUCUACAAGAAUAUGGCUGAUCUGGUGACUUUGGAGGAUCGAAAGGCUAUUCAGGGCUCUUUCAAGAACAGCCCUCUCAUUUGGGACUCAAGUAGUAACCUCUGGCGAACCAUCGACCAGUGUGUGUGGGAAAGUCAAAUUGAACUCCAUCGGAGAUUUGUGAUAACUUCGGUAUAUGAUAAGAGCGUUGUUUCAGGCUUAUUUGAGACACAUCUCCAAGUCCCAAGUGUCUCAAUCGAAUGUUUGAUCGAGGAGCUUGAGUACCUCAGGGAUUCACGGGGCCCUGGGGUUGAUGCGGAGCUGCAAACUACGGUUAUGAAAGUGUACAAAUAUCUUGCCAAUAUGACUGUCACUGUGGAACAGAGGCAGGAUAUCAGGCGGUAUUUCAAGGAGAAGAAACUCAUACUUGAUCUUCGUAGCAAUGACUGGUUGCAAUCGACCUCUUGCGUCUGGCACUCUACCAUGGACGUCGGCAACCUUGUUCCAGUUGCCGCAACGUAUUCAGAGUUGCAAGACUUCUUUGUACGAGUCCUUGCGAUCGAGACCAUUACUCCAACGUUCAUGAUGAAACAGCUCGCCACAGCUGCUAAAAGUAAGACAAAGUCGGCCAACAAUAUCAAAAGGCUUAUGUUGGCUGUAUCAGAAUUGCUGGAUAUGAGCAGCAACGGUUCACAAUUCAGGCACAGCAUGGAAGUACUCGAUGAAUGCGCUUACUUGCCUUGUAGAUCAACCACCGGAGGUAUCGAAUUCCGCUCCAAGUCACAAUCGUUCUUCAUUGUUGACAAUGAAGCCUAUGCCAAUGAGUUCGGAGAUCAGCUGGUCAUGCUUGACUUCAACUAUGAACAAGUGAAUUCUAUACACAAGCUGAUUCGACUGCUUGGUCUAGACGACCAUUAUCUCGCACGACAUGUACAAUCGGAAACCUCGGCCCGCGUUUCGACACCGAGUGAUACCCUCACUGCUCAGUUUCAUGAAUGUGCCUAUCCUAUUUCAUGUUGCGCCAUAUCGCACCGGAGUGCGCUAUUCUCAAAUCAGAGCAGACUCCUGUAUGACGCUCUGGCAAAUACGACCAUUCACACCUCCUCCGAGAUGUUUACCUACCUCGUCGUCACGCAAGACGAGCAUCCAGUCAAGGUUCCCACUUCCAGACCUUCUCUGAUCUCAAAACAUGAACACAAUAAGCUUGAAAUCACCCUUCCGUCUGAAGAAAGAGCAACCAGGCAGUGCAUGCGCUCGCAACUCCCAGGCUAUAUCGCCACAGAGCUCCUUGACAUCUUUGACUCUAGGGCGGAGAAGCAAAUAUAUAGAAUCCUCAACGAGCUUGGGACUGGCACAGAUGACAUCCUCUUCGAGGAAGGAAUCUCGCGAGUGUCAUGGCUGCCAGAAACACGGCGUCCAGCACCUACCCCACCAGUUAUAGCUGUACCACCCCCAGACUUGGCCGAAGACGAAACAACCCUUCCCACUAGUCCUAUUCAAAUCCAAACAUACCAUCGGCAAGCCUAUCGAGCUCUUCCCGUAGAUAUCAGGCAUGAGGUCGAUGCGCCAGAUUACUGGAAGGUGAUCGAGCAUGUCCACAAACAAGCAUCGAAGAUUGGAGACAGACUUCACGGGCGCAGUUACGAGGCUGCAGACUUGAACGAUUUGGCCGCAGAUUUCGCUGGCCUUGUGCUUGACCACACCGUAUUCGACCCGGACGACUACCCCGACCUAUUUGGGAAUGAUGUGUGGCUCAGUAAAUUCAGAUUGGGCGCGGCGGGUGAGCUUUUUGUAUAUGAAGUGUUCAAAUACAUGCUGGGCGAUAACUUCGGACUGGAAAACUGGCAAAGCAACAUUCGAUACCUCGUACAAGCACAUGAAUCCUACCGACACGUCACUCGGCGGAGUGAACCAGAAACGGCCGAUAUUGUGUUUUGCGACCAUGACGCCGCUCUCGAAGUCCACUUAACAAUUUUACAGAACAUGUUGAUUGAUGAACUGCAGGAAUCUUUGCCUUGGACCUGCUUUUUGUCACCGAAUUCAUCGCAGACACGAGUGGAAUGGCUCUUCGAGGUCAAGACCACCCUUGGACCAUGUGAAACUGAGUUUUACAUGAGCCAGAAUCAAUAUAACCUGAUGAGAGAGCUUGGAACCCAAGAAAAUGGCGAGAGAAAAAGGGUCUACUGUAUAGUUCGGGUGUACAACUUGCUUAGCGAUAAGAUUGGGAUCAGACUCUACGUUGAUCCAUGGCGAUUCAGGGAGAGUCGACUGGAAUUCGGUACGACUGAAAAGUGGAAAGUGAAGCCCAUAGGUUGA